UCUUCAAUAAAAUUCAACAUGCAGCCACGAUUCGCAGUGUUCUCCGCGCUUUUGGCCCUGACCACAUCAACUCCUCUCUAUGUUCCCGAACACCUGCCAAACCCUAUCAAAUGUCCCAUAAUCUUCGAUGGCCGCAUCCCGGAAAACCAGACCCUAGCUUCCUUUGAUACGUCAUCCUCUCCUUACAGCCCCACGUACGUCAAAGGCGAAAACCUCACCUGGUCCUCAAUCCUCCUACUACCUAAUGCUUCGCACUCACGUUUCGACACCCCGUCUCGCAAACCCCUCGAAGUAACCAUCAAUGACGCAUCCCUCUUUCGUCCAGGUGGUGGCGAUCUCCAAGUCGGAUUCCGACGGGUGGGGCUCCUCCUGAAAGAUGAUAAGAACGAUCCGGGCGCAGAUGCAGCUGAUAGCGGUAUCGUCACUUUCCAUUGGAGUGUAAAGCAGGAUGCAGCAAGACCUUUCAAUCUAAGCCAUGAGUAUAUGAACGUAUGGCAUGAGAGGGCAGAUUAUGCGGGAAAUCAGUUCACGUUUGUAGGCGGAGUCGUGUUGGAAGUGGAUGGAGGAACAGGAGAGGAUACGAAAGAGGAAAGAGAGUCGUGGAAGGUGCAAGGGAAAUCCAAUAACGUUGUGUUUCGCACCCCAAUUGUUUUCGAUGAGUGGCAGAAUUUUGCGAUACAAUUGGAUUAUGUGAACAAUACUUUGCAAGUUUUCUACAGUGAGGGAAACGCUGAAUUGGAAGCUGGGACGGAGAAGAUCGAGAAUGACAACAGUGGAGGUGGGCAGCUGCAACUGGGCAUCGCCAAAAAGCCCACCGAAACUGAGACAGUUGUUUUCGAUGGCUAUCAAGAGAGCAUACAAGGAAGAGAGGGACAAAUAUAUGGUGGAGUUUUCGUUGAGAAUAGUAGUGAGGGCUGCUUGAGUAUCUGA